UUGGAUAUUUUAAUAGUAAAGAAAUUUAGGGCUUGGACGGAUAUACGCUCUUUAGAUGAAUGGGAAAAGGAUGUUGACACAAUUAUCGAAUUGUUCACAGAUGCGGAAAAACCAGUAAAUUUUGUAGCAUGGUAUGUCGCUGAACCUGAUCAUACUUUGCAUCAUAACGGCUAUUACAAUGGGGAAUAUGAGAAAACACUUUCUCGACUUGACAACCUUUUCGGAUACUUUCUGAGCAGAUUGGAUGAUUCUGGUUUUGCCGAUGAAAUAAACGUGAUUCUCACUGCAGAUCAUGGGCAUAUUCAGCACUCAAUUAUUGAUUUGUGGUGGAGUGCAAAACAAGAGCAUUUGUGUGAUGUGGAUUAGUC